AUCAUUGUAAGUGCCGUGUUUGAUGAAGAAGGCCCACAUAUAUACAACACACGGUGACGUCACUGAUAGAUAGGUUAAAGAGGGCGUGGCGUUUGUUCCGAUCCAUCCAUCCAUUAGCUCACGCAGCACACGCACACACAUGUGGGGUGGGAGGUCAUCGCCUGUUUGUUUCUGUCUGUACAGUCAAUCAAUCAGACACGGGACAGACCCAGGCCAACGGAAAGAGCAAGCAAAGCAAGGCGGGGAAGGCAGCCCAGCCCACCACACACGAUAUGAGGCACUCACUCCACCCCACUCCAUUCAUUAUUCAUUCAACACCACACACACCCAACGGCUGCACGAGUGAAAAAAUACACACACCGCAGGUCGUGUGUGUCCUUGCCCGUCUCUCCCCUCCCGCCCCGCCUGUCUACACCCCCACCCCCACCCCCCCUGCAGUAUCCGCUGGCUAGUCCGAGUCGUCCCUGCGUCGCCGCUUCUUGGACCUGUGCUUGUCCUUGCUCCGCGACUUCUUGUGCUUCUUCCUCUUCUUGCGCUUCUCUCGCUUGCGCUUCCGGCGGCGACGCUCUGAUGGUGGGUAGACACACACACAGCAACACACACGUUGACACCGGAUAUCGCCUCCUCUCGUGAGUGUGUGUGUGUGUUGUGUGAUGUGGCUUACCCUCCUCGCUGUCCGAUGAGGAAGAGGACGAGCUGCCGGACUCACUGCGGACGUCAUCCUGCGCGCAACAGACAACAACAACACACAGGCACACAGGCACAUGAGUUCAGCACACACUGGUGCAUCGGUUGGUCAUCAAUCGGCUCUCUAAAUCACCUCUUCCUCCUCGUCCUCGUCAUCCGAGGCCACCCUCUCGGCGGGCUUGGCCGACUUCUUGGCCUUAUCCUCCGCACCGCUCUGCUUCAACGCCACCAGGUUGCGGCACUGAAACGCCAAAUGACCAACUGCACGCACAGAGACACGAGUGACACGACGACAUACACGUGAUGGAAAGGACGGCCAUAUCAUCUGUGUGUAAGUGGCGUCUGUCUGCGUACGCUGUCCGCAUUUGCGACAUGCGCCAGGUGUGACGCUGCUGGAGUUGCCGGUGAGUCGAGCGAGGGCGAAGAGGCCCUUGGCCUUCUCAUUGAUGGCGGCCUGGUCCUCCACCUCCUUCUUCUGGUCGUCCGGCGCAUACGGGUCGUGACCCAUACGUUGCUGAAAACACACACACACACACGGAGGCCAACACGUACGUCACUUGGGUGUCCUCUUGCGCCCUCUGCGUGCCUCUCCUCACCCAAAUUUCCGAUGUCUUCAGCGAAUCUGACACGCUAAGCCUGAAGACAACAAAACACCGAUACGACACAGACGUUCAGCAAGUGGCGGACGAAAGAGGUGCAUGGCGGACGACGUCCAGGAGUGUGUGUGCCCGUUUGGUCAUGUACCUGUUGUUGGCAGGCAUCUUCACCCUUCCAGCAGUGGCCGGCAUGAUGAAAGGAAACCUUGCUUCAGACUGUGUCUAUUCGUCCAGAAAGCUGCGAUUGGUUUGAGGCCUUUUCUGCGUUCUGACUCUUCA